AUGGUUCUUAGAAGCCACCCUUUCCCCAGGCAGGAGAGGCCUCCAGGGAUUGUCCCAAGGGAAGUUCCUGAGCGCCCCACGGAUCCUGGCACCUCCACACACUCUAAAGACAGACACCUCGAGGAAAGGCACGGCUCUUCAGUGGGGACAGUGGUGGGGAUGGCCACAGGGCCAGGUGCAGGAGUCCUGGUUGAGGUUGGAUGUCAGCUGCAGCCAAGAAGCUCUGAGACCACUGGGGCUUCCACCACAGACCCUCCUCCAGGCCCAAGAGGAGAGGGAGCCCAGGAGAAAAGUCUAGACUCGGCUGCAGUGCCCACCGUCCCCUCACAGACCCCUGUGCAGAUGCAGUCAGGCUCUGCACCGUCCCCUACCGUGAGGCAGGACUCACAGCCUGUCCCCCGGCCCCGGGAACGCAGCCUGUGUGAAGCAGCCCAGAGCUCUGAGCAGAUGGUCAGCCAGGAGGCCUCAGAGCAUCAGCAGAGGCAGGCGCCAGGGGAGGGGGGUGGCCCUGCGGGCAGCAGGGAGUUGCUCACAGAGAAGCAGAGAGAGGCCCGAAAACUCAUGGCUUUUCUGCAAAGGCCUGGGAGUUGGGGGGUGGUGGAGGGGUGCCGUAAGUCCAGCUUACAGGUCCCAGAGCUGACCUCGGCAGUGGUCCUGCGGCGGCGGCUAGACCUGGGCAGCUGCCUGGAGGUGCUGGCCUUUGCCCAGCGGCACGGGGAGCCUGGCCUGGCCCAGGAGACCUAUACGCUGAUGAGCAACAAUCUGCUGCAGGUGCUGGGGGACCCGCACCUCUACCGGCAGCUGAGUGGGGCUGACCGGGAGCGUCUCCUGAGCCUGCGGACCGACCGGGGCCAGGCUGUGCUGGGGGUCCUUGUGCUGCCUGGCCUCUACCAGGUGGGCCGCUUGGGGCCCACAAGGGGCUCUCCUGGCGAGGAGCCUCCUUCGGCAGGGCCCAUGCCCCCGCCUCCUCCCGCACACCUGCACGUGUUCAACCCCCAAGAGAAUGUGUGGCGGCCCCUGACCCAGGUGCCCCAGGAGGCCCCGCUCCGGGGCUGUGGUCUCUGCACCAUGCACAACUACCUUUUCCUGGCGGGGGGCGUCCGUGGCUCUGGUGCCCAGGCCAUCUGCUCCAAUGAGGUCUUCUGCUACAACCCUCUGACGGACAUCUGGAGCCAGGUUCGGCCCAUGCAGCAGGCCCGUGCUCAGCUCAAGCUGGUGGCCCUGGAUGGGCUGCUCUACGCCAUUGGGGGCGAGUGCCUGUACAGCAUGGAGUGCUAUGACCCGCGCACAGACACCUGGACCUCACGCGCGUCCCUCCCUGCAGGCACCUUCCCUGUGGCCCAUGAGGCUGUGGCCUGCCGUGGGGACAUCUAUGUCACGGGGGGCCACCUCUUCUACCGCCUGCUCAAGUACAGCCCCAGGAAGGACGCCUGGAAUGAGUGCCCCUACAGUGCCAGCCACCGGCGCUCCAGCGACAUUGUAGCACUGGGGGGCUUCCUGUACCGCUUUGACCUGCUGCGGGGAGUGGGCGCUGCAGUGAUGCGCUACAACACAGUGACAGGCUCCUGGAGCCGGGCGGCCUCGCUGCCCCUCCCUGCACCCACCCCGCUCCGCUGCACUGCGCUGGGCAACACUAUUUACUGCCUCAAUCCCCAGGUCACAGCCACCUUCACGGUCUCCGGGGGCACUGCCCAGUUCCAGGCCAAGGAGCUGCAGCCCUUUCCCCUGGGCAGCAAGGGGGUCCUCUCUCCAUUCGUACUGACUCUGCCUCCUGAGGACCCACUGCAGACCUCACUCUGAGUGGCUGGCAG